AGUGUCGUUCGCAGUCUGACUUUGUUGGCGUCGUUAUUUGUACAUUUAUACUUGUUGGCAUAGUGUGUGGCAUGCUAGCCAAGGGAGGAUGGGCAUGGCCAGACCAGGCCGGGUCUCGGGGGGCAGUUUGACUGGAGCGCCAGAGAAGCUUCUAGAAAGAGGGAACGAAAACCGUGAAGAAGUGAGGCGUCCAGGGCACGUCUGUCACGCAAGACCUGCGGGAUUUGGAGCAGAAGGGAUGCCAGCGGUGGUGUCACAUGGAAUUUCAAAAACAUGUCAUUCGAAGCAGAGGAUAACAGGAAUACCACGCCUAAGUCGGGCGAUGAUGGAGCCAGCAAGGAAUUGUGUGUGGCAGGUGUGCGGGAGACAAGCGGCCAUAAUGGGACCCUGGAGGGACAAACUGGGACGAUGUCAAAGAAGCAGAUGAAGAGGUUAAUGAGAAACAAACAGUGGGAGGAAGAGCGAGAACUGAGAAAGCAAAAACGAAAGGAGAAGAAACAGAAGAGAAAGUUAGAACGACAGUGUCAAGGGGAGACUGGCACAGAGGGCACCUUUAAGAAGCACAUCCGGAGAGAAGUGGUGCCCAGCCAAACCCGCCUUGUGAUUGACUGCAGCUUCGACAGCCUAAUGGCGUUUAAGGAUGUUAAAAAGCUCCACAGACAAAUCCAGAGAUGUUACGCUGAGAAUCGUCGGGCAGUACGUCCUGUUCAGUUUUAUUUAACGAGUCAUAGUGGACAACUUAAGCAAAUCAUGGAUGAAAAUGACAAAGGAUGGGUGAACUGGAAGGACAUCCAUGUGUCUCCAGAGCAUUACAUUACAAUUCUGAAGAAGGAAGACCUGGUGUACCUGACGUCCGACUCUCCAAACACACUGAGCGAGUUGGAUGAGACAAAGGCGUACGUGAUUGGAGGUUUGGUCGAUCACAACCAUCACAAGGGGGUCACUUUCCAGCGGGCACAGGAGCUGGGGAUCGGACAUGCGCAGCUGCCACUUGGGACCUUUGUGAAGAUGAACAGCCGGAAGGUGUUGGCAGUGAACCACGUGUUUGAAAUCAUCCUGGCGUACCUGGAGAAGAGGGACUGGAAGGAAGCAUUCUUUACAGUUCUGCCACCAAGGAAGGGCGCAGUACCCGUUGGUCAGAGUGGCACCAAAGAGGGGCAGGGGUCUGCCAGGGACUUGGAGGAAGAGGAGACCAAGCGGCAACGUGCAGACAGCGAAGACGAGAGCCGCGAGGGUAACGUAGAUUGUAGCGGCCCAGCGUCACACACGUGACUCGCUGCCAAUGUGUCACACUUGAGGGCACCCGCCACAGGGGGACACUUCAGAGUUUCUUUGACGUGGACAAACGUUUAGUAGCUCUUGGCUUUUACUUUUUCUUUUGACCUUUUGAUUUAACGACCUGUGCGUUUAUUUUUUAAAGAAACUGAACGUUUAUUUUCAGAGCUGCGAGUUGUAAAUAAAAUGAGUUCAAAUAUUUAACAAUG